UCACUGGUCUUAAUAAUAUGUAAAUAAUGACAAACAUAUAAAUAAGAAUUAUUGUUUUAGUGACAUGUUUCAUCAUAGUCUAUUGUCUCACACUGCGGGCUUCACUUCCCUGAGCGUCCUCUCUCUGUUUGUUUAUUUUUAUGUAUGAAAACAUUUAAUGUCUUACUUGAGGUAUCAUGUGAUGUCUGAUGUGCUAUAAAUAGUAUAUCUAAAAUAAAUAAUUAAUGACAUUGAUUUAUUAAGUACAAAUUCUAGUUGCCAAGGCAAUGACUGUCCGCCAAAGACUUGGCACAAUGUAAGAUGCAGGACUAACGACGACUGCAAUGCGCCCCACGCCACGUGCUAUCAACGUGUGUGUCGGUGUGUCCCCGGGUACUACUACACCACACAUGACACGUGUACUAACACUUGUAGCCCAGACGACAUGCAGGAGACCUUCACAGACUAUCCUGACAGCGCUCUACGUGCAAACCUCAUUCAUAGCGAGGAUGGACUCACUGUGGAAGACUGCAAGGGCAGGUGCCAGACUAACAAGACUUGCCUCACCUUUGAUUUUAAAGCCAGUGAAGGUCUGUGUCUGCUUCAUAAUGUCACCUCUCGUCAGUCGCCCUCCGACUGGUCUCCUAAGAGGAGUAAAGGCUGGACACACUACCAGAAAUCCUGCAAGUCCACUUUGGCCUCACACCAUACCUGGUACAACUUAUUGUGUGAAAGCAGGAUUGAUUGUCCUGACACAAACAGCGAUUGUUUGUCAGGACGAUGCUUGUGCCGUUCAGGCUUCAAGUUCAAUGAAGCACAGAAGGAGUGUGUUGUUGCAAGCGAGCUGAAGAAGUGGCACAAUGUAAACUGCACGACAGACGACGACUGCGAUGGGCCCCACUCAGCAUGCUACAAACGUGUCUGUCGGUGUGUCCCCGGGUACUACUACACCACAAGUGACACGUGUACUAGCACUUGUAGCCCAGACGACAUGCAGGAGACCUUCACAGACUAUCCUGACAGCGCUCUACGUGAAAACCUCAUUCAUAGCGAGGAUGGACUCACUGUGGAAGACUGCAAGGGCAGGUGCCAGCAUAACAAGACUUGCCUCACCUUUGAUUUCAAAGUCCAUGGAGGUCUGUGCCGGCUUCAUGGUGUCACCUCUCGUCAGGCUCCCUCCGACUGGUAUCCUAAGGCGAGUAAAGGCUGGACCCACUACCAGAAAUCCUGCAACUCCACCUUUGCCUCACACGAUACCUGGUACAACUUAUUGUGUGGCAACAAGAUUGACUGUCCUGACCCAUACAGCGAUUGUUUUAAAGGCAGAUGUCUAUGUCAUUUUUCUUUCCAUCAAGGCUCGAAGAAGUGUUCUGUUGCAGACUCAUGUGAAGACUGGAAGGCAAAAGGCGCCAAGAGUGGGGUGUACACCAUUCAGCUACAACACAACAAGGGACCUCGGUCAGUGUGGUGUGACAUGGACACUGCGGGCGGCGGCUGGGCGGUCAUCCAGAGACAUCACCACACCGUAUAUAACCCAGAUGAGUUUGUUGACUUCAAUCGGAGCUGGACAGAAUAUGUAAACGGUUUUGGAAACAUCUCUGGAGAUUUCUGGCUGGGUAAGAUGUUGACAUAUCUCUUGCAUUCUCUGGCAUUAUCCCUCCUCCUGCAUAACUGUAACCUCAACAUUUGUUUUUACAUUCAAAGUCAGGCUGUAGUCAGUAUUGUGUUUUAUUGUGUUGUUUGUGUGAUGUCUACUGGUCAAUACAAAGGUUGCUGUUUCUGUCGUUCUUUUAUACUUUUGUUGUACGAUGCUUAUCGCUCACUAUUUUGUGUAUUGUUUCCUUAGCAUGCUUUGUUUGCUGUGAUAAUGAUGAUGUUAGUAAUGGAAUGAAUGGAUGGCUGAUGAUCCUGUAGUGUCUCAGUUGCCAAAGUCUCAAGUAGAAAGAAACAUGAGGGUUGCGAGGAAAUACAUCACUGCGGCAUAUCAUGUGGUUUGAUUUUGGUUUGUUUUUGUUUUA